AGGUAUCAGUGAGGACACUUGGAACGUCACCAGUCCACUCCCAACUGAAGCAAAAGAGGGGGUGAAGACAUCUUAAGAUGCUGAGAGUGGUGGAGCCAUGAGAACAUCAACCUGCGUUUGACUUGAGUUGGAUCUUCAGACACAACCCAACGGAGAGAAUUCCAGGUGACCCGCAGCUGAAGAUCUAUUGAAGGGGCGAGCAUCGGAAGAGCCCGUGACAAAGGAUGGACGUGAAGGACCGAAGGCACCGCUCACUGACCCGCGGGAGGUGCGCGAAGGACUGUCGCUACACUAGCUCCUCGUUGGACAGCGAAGAGUGCAGGGUGCCCACACAGAAGUCGUACAGCUCGAGCGAGACCCUCAAGGCCUACGACCACGAUGCCAGGCUUCACUACGGCACGCGGGUGACAGAACUGGUCCACAGAGAGGCCGACGAAUUCUCCAGGCAAGGAGCCAAUUUCACUCUGACUGAGCUGGGAAUCUGUGAGCCCUCCCCCCACCACAGCACGGCCUACGGUCCGGACAUGGGGCUCCUGCACCGCGGCUACUCGCUGAGCGACGCUGACUCUGACACUGAAGGUGCCAUUUCUCCAGAGCAUGCUAUUAGGUUGUGGGGGAGGGGCAUCAAGUCCAGGCGUGGCUCUGGCCUGUCCAGUCGGGAGAACUCAGCCCUCACGCUGACCGAUUCAGAGAACGAGAAGGAAUCGGAGGAGGAGGAAGGUCGUCCCACCACACACUCAUCCUCGCCCAGCCACCCAUUCGCCCAGCAGACCAGCGCCCAUCUCUCAUCGUCCAGUGUGAAAGACUACCAAAUGCCGUUACUUGACAGCAGCAUCUCACAUCCAGCUCUUGAAUCCAAUGUCAAUGAGGAGUUCGCCAUUAACUCAUACCUAUUGCGAGCGGGGUCAGGUGCUCUGCAGCCUUCCAGCAAUGGCCCCCCGAACCACCACAGCCAGUCCACGCUGCGACCACCUCUGCCUCCUCCGCACAACCACACCCUCUCUCACCACCACUCCUCCGCCAACUCCCUCAACAGGAACUCCUUGACCAACAGAAGGAACCAGAUCCACGCUCCGUCGAUGGCCCCCAACGAUCUGCCCACCACGCCGGAGUCUGUCCAGCUACAGGAUAGCUGGGUCCUCAACAGCAACGUGCCCCUGGAGACCAGGCACUUCCUCUUCAAGACGUCUUCUGGGACGACUCCUCUGUUCAGCACCUCGUCGCCGGGCUACCCUCUAACAUCCGGCACCGUCUACUCCCCACCCCCGCGGCUCCUGCCCAGAAGCACCUUCUCCCGCAACGCCUUUAAGCUCAAGAAACCGUCCAAGUACUGCAGCUGGAAAUGUGCGGCGCUCUGCUCCAUUGCCGCCUCCAUCACCCUGGCCAUUCUCCUGGCGUACUUCAUCGCAAUGCACCUCCUUGACUUGAACUGGCAUCUACAACCAACUGAUGGACAGAUCUUUAGGAAUGGCGUGGGAACAGGAGACGCAAGUGAUGUAACAAUAGCACCAUCUGCUGGCCGAGGGACGGUGGCGAUUAAAAAUAGCAGCAUUGAUUUGGGGGAUGUGGACAUCGGUCGGAGAGUCUCGCAGGAAGUUCCUCCCGCAGUGUUCUGGAGAUCUCAGCUGUACAUCGAGCGACCGCAGUUCGUCAAGUUUAACGUCUCCCUGGGCAAGGAGGCCCUCUUUGGCCUGUACAUCAGGAAAGGCUUUCACCCCUCGCACACACAGUAUGAUUUUAUGGAGCGGCUCGAUGGCAAGGAGAAGUGGAGCGUGGUGGAGACGCCACGGGAGAGGCGGAGCAUCCAGACCCUGGUCAUCAACGAGGCCGUGUUUGUCCAGUACCUCGACGCUGGGACGUGGCACCUGGCCUUCUACAACGACGGAAAGGAAAAGGAACUGAUCUCCUUCAACACUGUCGUUCUAGAUUCUGUGCAGGAAUGUCCACACAAUUGCCAUGGUAACGGAGAAUGCGUGUCCGGAGUGUGUCACUGUUUUGCGGGAUUCCAUGGAGCUGACUGCUCAAAAGCCGCCUGCCCCGUCCUGUGCAGUGGGAACGGCCAAUACGCCAAGGGCAACUGCAUGUGCUACAGCAGCUGGAAGGGUGCGGAGUGCGACGUGCCGAUGGGCCAGUGCAUCGACCCAGCCUGCAGCGGCCGUGGGACGUGUACCUCAGGCGCCUGCGUCUGCUCCGCCAGGUUCAAGGGCGAGAACUGCGAGGAAGUGGAUUGCUUGGAUCCGACGUGCUCAAGUCACGGAGUGUGUGCCCAUGGGGACUGUCACUGCAACCCAGGCUGGGGAGGAUUAAACUGUGAGAUUCCUCGCGCCCAGUGCCCGGACCAGUGCACGGGGCACGGCACUUACAUCCCGGAAACUGGCCUCUGCCGCUGUGACCCCGACUGGAUUGGCCCAGACUGUUCAGUCGAGGUCUGCUCGGUGGAUUGCGGCACGCACGGAGUCUGCAUCUCGGGGAUCUGCCGCUGUGAGGAAGGUUGGACGGGGCUGGCCUGCGACCAGCGGGUCUGUCACCCUCGCUGCGCCGAGCACGGGAGCUGCAAGGAUGGAAAAUGUGAAUGCCGCGAGGGCUGGAACGGAGAACACUGCACCAUAGAUGGCUGUCCCGAUCAGUGCAACAGCAACGGCAGGUGCACCCUCAGCCAAAGCAGCUGGCAUUGCAUCUGCCAGACAGGUUGGAGAGGCAUUGGAUGUAAUGUGGCCAUGGAGACGUCUUGUACAGACGGCAAGGACAAUGAAGGAGAUGGACUGGUGGAUUGCCUGGAUCCUGACUGCUGCCUUCAAUCCAGUUGCCAGUCCAACCCUCUUUGCCACGGCUCACACGACCCCCUCGAUAUAAUCCAGCAGAACCAAUGGGCACUUCCCACUCAAGUUGUGAAAUCUUUCUACGAUCGCAUUAAGCUUCUCGUGGGCAAGGACCGGACUCACAUAAUCCCCGGAGCUAACCCCUUCAACGAAAGCUUGGCUUCACUGAUCAGAGGACAAGUCUUUACCAAGGAUGGAACCCCGCUGGUGGGAGUGAACGUAUCUUUCGUCAAGUACCCACAGUAUGGGUACACCAUCACACGUCAGGAUGGCAUGUUUGAUUUGAUUGCAAAUGGCGGAGCGUCGCUGACGCUGCACUUUGAGCGGGCUCCGUUCCUCAGCCAGGAGCGCACGGUGUGGCUUCCCUGGAACACCUUCUACGCCAUGAACACCCUGGUGAUGAAGACGGAGGAGAACACCAUCCCCAGCUGCGACCUGAGCGGCUUCGUGAGGCCCGAGCCGAUCCUGGUGUCUUCUCCGUUGUCCACGUUCUUCAGCUCCACCCCCGGGCAGAACCCCAUCAUUCCAGAGACCCAGGUUCUUCAUGAAGCUGUGGAUAUUCCGGGCAGCAACAUGAAGCUGUGCUACCUGAGUUCACGCACAGCCGGGUACAAGUCCCUGCUGAAGGUCACCAUGACCCAGUCCAUCGUGCCCAUCAACCUGAUUAAAGUUCACCUGAUGGUGGCCGUGGAGGGACAUCUCUUCCAGAAAUGGCUCCAUUCUUCCCCAAACCUGGCCUACACCUACAUCUGGGACAAGACCGACGCCUACAGCCAGAAGGUCUACGGUCUCUCCGAAGCUGUCGUGUCGGUCGGAUAUGAGUACGAAUCUUGUCCAAACCUUAUCCUGUGGGAGAAGAGGACGGCCUUGCUUCAGGGCUACGAGCUGGACCCAUCCAACCUGGGCGGCUGGUCACUGGACAAGCAUCACGCCUUAAACAUCAAGAGUGGUGUCCUGCACAAAGGCAACGGGGAGAACCAGUUCCUGUCGCAGCAGCCGGCCGUGAUUAGCAGCAUCAUGGGCAAUGGCCGGCGCCGCAGCAUCUCCUGCCCCAGCUGUAACGGUCUCGCCGACGGCAACAAGCUCCUCGCCCCCGUGGCUUUGGCCGUCGGCGUCGACGGCAGUCUCUACAUCGGAGAUUUCAACUUCAUCAGACGCAUCUUCCCGGCCAGGAACGUCACCAGUAUCCUCGAGCUGAGAAAUAAAGAUUUUAGACAUAGCAACAACCCUGCCCAUAAGUACUUCAUGGCAGUGGACCCUGUCACGGGGGCUUUGUACGUGUCGGACACAAACAGCCGGCAGAUCAUCCGGGUGAAGUCUCUGGAUGGGGCGCGGGACCUUGCUUCCAACGCUGAGGUGGUGGCCGGGACUGGAGAGCAGUGCUUGCCGUUUGAUGAAGCCAGGUGUGGUGACGGAGGGAAGGCAGUGGACGCAACGCUGAUGAGCCCCAGAGGGAUUGCCGUGGACAAGAAUGGACUCAUGUACUUUGUGGAUGCCACGAUGAUCAGGAAGGUCGACCAAAAUGGAAUUAUCUCCACACUGCUCGGAUCGAAUGACUUGACAGCGAUACGCCCGCUGAGCUGCGAUUCUAGCAUGGAUGUAAGCCAGGUGCGAUUAGAGUGGCCUACCAAUCUUGCCAUCAAUCCCAUCGACAAUUCUCUCUAUGUCUUGGAGAAUAAUGUCAUUCUGAGGAUUACUGAGAAUCACCAGGUGAGCAUCAUAGCUGGCCGCCCGAUGCACUGCCAGGUCCCCGGCAUUGACUACUCCCUCAGCAAGCUGGCCAUUCACUCGGCGCUAGAGAGCGCUAGCGCCAUUGCCGUGUCCCACACCGGCGUCCUGUACAUCGCCGAGACCGAUGAGAAGAAGAUCAACCGGGUGCGGCAGGUCACGACCAACGGCGAGAUCUCCCUCCUGGCGGGCAUGCCCUCCGACUGCGACUGCAAGAACGACGUCAACUGCGACUGCUUCCUGGGGGACGCCGGCUACGCCACCGACGCCAAGCUGAACUCGCCGUCCUCGCUGGCGGUCUCGCCCGACGGCACCGUCUUCAUCGCCGACCUGGGUAACGUGCGCAUCCGGGCGGUGAACCGCAACAAGCCGCAGGCGAACUCCAUGGGCCUGUACGAGGUGGCGUCGGCUGCCGAACAGGAGUUGUACAUCUUCAACUCCGAUGGCGUUCACCAGUACACCAUGAGUCUCAUCACCGGAGACUACAUCUACAACCUCUCCUACAGCCCGGCCGGCGACCUGGCGGAGCUCACCGACAACAACGGCAACACCUUGAAGAUCCGCAGGGAUAGCAACGGCGUGCCGCGACACCUACUGAUGGCCGACAACCAGGUGUGUUCUCUCACCAUGGAUGCCAACGGCGGACUGAAGAUGGUGUCAGCCCAGAACCAAGAGCUGGUCGUCUUCACCUACAAUGGCAACAGCGGCCUCCUGGCAACCAAAACCGAUGACAUUGGCUGGACCACUUUCUUUGAUUAUGACAGUGAAGGCCGACUGACAAACCUAACUCACCCCACUGGUGUGGUGACCAGCCUGCACCGUGAAAUGGAGAGGUCAAUCAACAUUGACAUUGAAACUUCCAACCGAGAGGAUGAUGUCACCGUCACCACCAAUCUGUCUUCAGUUGACGCCUCUUACACCCUGGUUCAAGAUCAAGUGAGGAACAGCUACCAGCUGUGCAACAAUGGCAGUCUCCGUGUGAUGUACGCCAAUGGAAUGGGAGUCAGCUUUUACACCGAGCCGCACAUCCUUGCGGGGACCAUUAGUCCGACAGUGGGCCGCCGAAACAUUACGCUGCCCGUGGAAAACGGGCUGAACUCAAUCGAGUGGCGUCUCCGCAAGGAGCAGGUCAAGGGGAAGGUCACCGUGUUCGGAAGGAAACUUCGGGUGCACGGGAGGAAUCUGCUCUCCAUUGACUUCGACCGCAACUCGCGGACGGAGAAGAUUUACGACGAUCACCGCAAGUUCACGCUGAGGAUUAUUUACGAUUCCCUGGGCCGCCCCGCGAUCUGGCUCCCCAGCAGCGGGCUGGCUGCCGUCAACGUCUCCUACUCUCCCAGUGGGAAGGUGGUCGGGGUUCAGCGGGGGACAAUGAGCGAGAGGAACAAGUACGAUGAUCUGGGCAGGAUCGUGUCCCGAGUCUUCUCCGAUGGGAAAGUCUGGAGUUACGCCUACCUUGACAAAUCAAUGGUCCUCCUCCUCCAGAGCCAGCGGCAAUACAUCUUUGAGUUUGACCAGACGGAUCGGUUGCAGGCGGUGACCAUGCCGAGCGUGGCCCGGCACACCAUGUCCACCCACAACUCCAUCGGUUACAUCCGCAACAUCUACCACCCGCCCGAGAGCAACGCGUCCAUGGUUUUUGAUUUCACCACCGAGGGGCGAAUACUGAAGUCCGCCUACCUGGGCACUGGGCGGCAGGUGUUCUACAAGUACGGCAAGCUGUCCAAGCUGUCAGAGAUCCUGUACGACAGCACCGCCGUCACCUUCGGAUACGACGAAUCGACCGGGGUGCUGAAGAUGGUCAACCUGCAGAACGGCGGCUUCUCCUGCACCAUCCGCUACCGCAAGGUGGGACCGCUGAUCGACCGCCAGAUCUACCGCUUCUCGGAGGAAGGCAUGGUCAACGCCCGCUUCGACUACACCUACCAUGACAACAGCUUCCGCAUCGCCAGCAUGAAGCCCAUCAUCAGCGAGACGCCGCUGCCCGUCGACGUGUACCGCUACGACGAGAUCUCGGGCAAGGUGGAGCACUUUGGCAAGUUCGGCGUCAUCUACUACGACAUCAACCAGAUCAUCACCACGGCUGUGAUGACGCUGAGUAAGCACUUUGACACCCACGGGCGCAUCAAGGAAGUCCAGUACGAGAUAUUCCGCUCACUCAUGUACUGGAUGACCGUUCAGUACAACAGCGUGGGCGCAGUGAUCAAGAGAGAGAUUAAGCUCGGCCCUUACGCCAACACGACCAAGUACACCUACGACUAUGACGGAGAUGGCCAGCUGCAGACUGUCGCAGUCAAUGACAAAGUCACGUGGCGUUACAGCUACGAUCUGAAUGGCAACCUACACCUCCUGAACCCUGGCAGCAGCAUUCGCCUCAUGCCUCUGCGCUACGACCUGAGGGACAGGAUUACCCGGCUCGGAGACGUGCAGUACAAGCUGGAUGAGGAUGGCCUGCUCUCUCAGCGAGGCUCUGAUGUAUUUGAGUACAAUUCCAAGAGUCUGCUCACCCGGGUCUACAGCAAAACCAACGGGUGGAGCAUACAGUAUCGCUACGACGGCCUGGGGCGAAGGGUCUCCACCAAGACCAACUAUGGGCAACACCUGCAGUUCUUCUACUCCGACCUCAACAAUCCAACCAGGGUCACACAUGUGUACAACCACUCCAGCUCAGACAUCACCUCCCUGUACUACGACCUCCAGGGGCAUCUCUUUGCCAUGGAAAUCAGCAGCGGGGAAGAGUUCUACAUCGCCUCGGAUAACACCGGCACGCCCAUGGCAGUCUUCAGCAGCAGAGGGCUGAUGAUCAAGCUGCUCCAUUACACCGCCUACGGAGAAAUCUACCACGACUCCAACACUGACUUUCAACUGGUGGUGGGUUUCCACGGAGGCCUGUACGACUCUCUCACCAAGUUGGUCCACCUCGGCCAGAGGGACUACGACGUGCUAGCUGGGCGUUGGACAGCCCCCGAUUACUCCAUCUGGAAUGAUAUUGGCAAAGACCCUGCCCCUUUCAGCCUCUACAUGUUCAAGAACAACAACCCCCUCAGCAACGUUCAGGACGUGGAGGAUUAUGUCACGGACGUUAAAAGCUGGUUGGUGAUGUUCGGAUUUCAGUUGUACAACAUUAUUCCCGGAUUCCCGAAACCGGCUAUUCGUUUUGCCGCACCUCCGUACGAGCUCGUGGAGAGUCAGGAGCGCGAUAACGCACGGUUUGUUUCAGGGGUUCAGCAGGCUGCGGAGAGGCUCAACAACGCCUUCAUGGCCUUGGAAGGAUGCAUCCUGCCCAAGUUCUCCAGGGUCGGGCACAAGGAGAGGCCGGGGCACUGGUUCUCGGCCCCCAAUUCCAUCAUUGGAAAGGGGAUCAUGUUCGCAGUCAAGGAAGGCAGAGUAACGACCGGCGUGACUCCCCUGGCAAGCGAAGAUAGCCGCAAAAUAGCCAGCGUUCUAAACAAUGCGUACUACUUGGACAAGAUGCAUUACACCAUCAGUGGGAGAGAUUCACACUACUUGGUGAAGAUUGGCUCGUCGGACAGAGACCUGGCGACGUUGGGCGUGACGAGUGGCCGCAAGGUUCUGGCGAACGAAAUCAACGUGACGGUUUCGCAGCCGACAGUUCUGCUUAAUGGAAGGACUAGAAGGUUCACAAACAUAGAACUUCAGCGCAGCGCGCUGCUGCUCAAUAUUCGCUACGGGAUUACACCGGACACGCUGGAAGAGGAGAGGGCCCGGCUGCUCGACCAGGCCAGGUUAAGAGCUCUAAUGAACGCCUGGUCGAAAGAACAGCUGAAGGUAAGGAACGGGAAGGAAGGAAGUCGACUGUGGACUGAAGGAGAGAAGCAGCAACUUCUGAGCUCGGGCAGAGUUCAAGGUUACGACGGCUACUAUGCGUUGCCCGUGGAACAGUACCCAGAACUGGCAGACAGUUCCACCAACAUUCAGUUCCUGAGACAGAACGAGAUGGGAAGGAGGUAACAAACCGAACUGCUGUCACCUCCGAUCCGGCGAGAGCUGGAAAGGUGAUCACAAUCACUAUCUCCUCUCCUAAGGAGAUGGAAACUCAUAGAGUGGGUGCUGUGAAUGGCAAGCCGGGGCGGGAAGCUGAAGAGAAGAGUCAAACUCAUGUGAAGAUGAUUUUGCACCUUUAUUCUUCAGCCUUUGAGGACUCUCUCUCUCUCUCUCUGCAGUGGGCUGGAGCCCGAGGAGAGGAUUCGACGAGUACCCCUUUUUAUAGGACAGCUCGGGUCCACUGGGCUGGGCAAAGACAAGUCUCUCUGACGGACUCAGUAAACUUACUGCCUCAUUUGUGUAGAGUCCAGAAAAAUGCCCAUCGUGAAUGAACCAGGAACUUUGUGGAUGCAACCUUUUGUAAUAUAAGCUCCCCCCCCCACCCCACCCCACCCCACCCCACACCCCCCGCAAGGAAUAUUGGUUCGAGCAUACCAGAAAUGUGACGGAGACGUGUUUAAACCCCCCGAAGCGGACUUCUUACACUGAUGUUAUUGUUUUGUUUAUUGCCAUAGCAACUGUAGUGGACGCAGUAAAGCCUUUGAGGUGAUAGUUACUGAAUCCUGCUUUCCGACGUGGGCGGGGAGGGAAGGGGCCAUCAUGUUUCUGAAGAUGUGACGUAAUGAAUAAAACAAAAAAAAUAUGUUAUUGUCAUACACACUGUCGUACUCUUAAAAUUUAAAUAAAAAAUAAAA